CUUUAAGCCCCUCACUGCCUCACAAAAAUAACAUUUGUGAGGAAUUCUUUUAGCUUUUGAGCAUAUAAUUUUCUUGGUGUCCAAGCUACUUUACUAUUUAACAGUGUCAAAUAUUCAGCAAAGUUCAGCACUUAUCAAACAUGCAUCAGCCACUAAUUAAGCAGCACACCUGUGUUCAAUUAUGUGUCCUGUGUGGAGCUUAUAAAAUCACUCCAUAGAGGCUGGUCAGAUCCAUAUAAUAGAAGAAUUUAGAAGAGUGAAUGUGGUAAUUUCUUCUGUAGAAGCCUACAGUUAAGUGUUUGGUUUAGCAAACCCACCGUUCAACCAUGGCGAAAGAGAAGACUCAUGUUAAUGUGGUCAUUAUUGGUCAUGUUGACAGCGGCAAGUCAACCACCACCGGCCACCUUGUCUACAAAUGUGGUGGCGUCGAUCAGAGAAGACUGGAGAAGUUUGAGAAAGCUGCAGCACAGAUGGGGAAGAGUUCCUUCAAAUUUGCUUGGGUGCUGGACAAGCUGAAAGCAGAGCGGGAGAGAGGAAUCACCAUUGAUAUCUCACUGCUGAAAUUUAACACUCAAAAAUACACCAUGACUAUAAUUGAUGCUCCUGGCCACCGUGACUUCAUUAAAAACAUGAUAACAGGGACUUCACAGGCUGAUGUUGCCCUCCUGGUGGUCUCUGCAGCUAAAGGAGAGUAUGAGGCUGGUAUAUCAAGAAGUGGUCAGACCAGAGAGCACGCCUUACUGGCUUACACUCUGGGUGUCAAGCAGAUCAUAGUCUGUGUGAACAAGAUGGAUCUGACUGAACCACCUUACAGCCAGAAACGCUUUGACGAGAUGGUGCGAGGCGUCAGCGGCUUCCUCAAGAAGAUUGGCUACGACUCCACGGCUGUGCCUUUUGUUCCAAUUUCAGGCUGGACUGGGGAGAACAUGAUCACUGCAACUCAGAAGAUGCCCUGGUUCCAAGGCUGGAAAGCCAGACGAAGGGAAGGGAAUACAAGCGGGAGAACUCUACUAGAAGUCCUGGACUCCAUUCACCCGCCAGUGCGCACCAUCAACAAGCCCCUACGAUUACCUCUGCAGGACGUCUACAAAAUUGGAGGAAUUGGGACUGUGCCAGUGGGUAAGAUUGAAACUGGCAUUCUCAAACCUGGCAUGACUCUGAUGUUCUCCCCUGCCAAGCUCACUGCUGAGGUAAAGUCCAUUGAGAUGCAUCACCAAGGGCUGCAGACGGCUCUGCCAGGACACAAUGUUGGCUUCAACAUUAAGAAUGUGGCUGUCAAGAAUCUGCGGCGUGGAGAUGUGGCUGGCAACGCCCAGCAGGAUCCUCCAUCAGACGUCAGCAGCUUUGAAGCUCAGGUGAUCAUCCUGAACCAUCCAGGGAAGGUCAAAGCGGGCUACUCUCCCGUCCUGGACUGCCACACCGCCCAUGUGACCUGCCGCUUUGCUGAGCUGAAGGAGAAGGUUGACCGCCGCACAGGCAAGAAACUGGAGGACCAGCCGCAGAUACUGAUGUCUGGAGAUGCUGCUACAGUCAAACUGGUUCCCAUCAAGCCCAUGUGUGUGGAGAGCUUCUUCACAUACCCUCCUUUAGGUCGCUUUGCAGCAAGAGACCUGAAGCAGACAGUUGCUGUAGGUGUCAUCAAGUCUGUGGAGAAGGACCAUGGGUCAAAACCUCCACACAAAGCCCAAGUGUGUAAAUAAGCAAAUUUUUGUUUACCGGUAUUCUGGUAUGGCUGCUUUUGUGAAUUUUUUUAUUUUAUUUAGUAAGCUGCAAUUUGUGUUGUGACACAAAGUAUUUAUGUUGCCUUAAAAGUUAGCAUUCCUGUGUUGAAUAUAUUAAAUCCAAAAGAAGUUGUAGAAUUGGAUGGUGAAGUUUGGUUAAUGUGAACUGUUGAGAUAAUAAAAUUAUUUGGAAGAA